AUGGAAGGAUGGAACGAAAUCAAUCGAGUUCCAUGCAUGAGGCCUUCUUUUAGGAUUUCUGAUCCAACCCGGCAAAGUGUCCCUUCUGCUUUACUUUUUGACGACUCCCAUGACCUGACCUGGAUUGGUUCAGAAGAUGGCUUUGUCAAGUCGCUGGCCGACCAAAUGCUCACGCCCUAUACAUCAUUUCGGUGCCAUAGCUCUAAAGUGCUCCAAUUGCUUAAUAACAAAAGAGGAAUUUUAUCUCUGAGUGAAAAUUCAAUCAAAUUGACCUCGAGGACUGGACUGUGCCGGAUGAACCUGCACGACAUCUCUGUGAAUCAUUCACGUUCAAUGGCCUACACGUCCAAUACAGAAAACGAAGUUCUCUUGGGAGGAUUUCAAGGAAAGUUGGUGAAAUUGAAUUUGAUGAGAGGUGAGAUCUCAGACACGAUUCCUUAUGAUGCACCUGUUUACACAAUGAGUGCCAACCUGAGUCAAAUUUGUUUAGGUAGGGUUGAUGGUACCGUGGAUAUCUUAGACCCUAGGUCCAAUGAUAUUAUAGCGAGUUUUUCUGGCCAUAUGAGGACGCUAUCCAGCAUGGACUGUAGAGGUAACACUCUGAUAACAACAGGAUAUUCAGUGAGAAACGGUACGUUCUAUGCAGACCCUAUAGCCAAUUUGUACGACUUGAGAACUAAAAGUUUGAUGCCCCCGGUGACCUUCCCGGCAGGUGCUUCAUUUGUCAAGUUACAUCCUAAACUUCCAAAUGUCGCCAUUUUAGCAUCUUCAGCUGGCUUAAUUCAUUUCGUGAAUUUGUAUUCCCCUAUGAAUGUAUCCCUUUAUCAGGCCGAUGUGGGAUCUUAUAUGAAUAAUUUUGAAGUAUCACCCUCUGGUGAUUUUAUGGGUUUCACUGAUAGUUUUCAAAAUGUACAUCUAUGGUCCAAUGCGCCGGAUUUAUCAUCUGCCCACAUACCGAACCUCGCAUCGUCAUUGGAACAGGCUACCAUGUUACCACCACCUGCAAAUUCGGAUAUCAUUCCAGCAGAUUCAGACAGUACAGUUCCCCUGAGCUCUAUUGGGAUGCCUUACUAUGACCAGCCGUUACUUUCGAAUUGGCCUUUUGAUAUGAAGUUCUCUCUGGGACACGUUCCUAAGAAGAUUAAUCCCGAGCUCAUCAAUAGUUCAAAGAGCGUCGUUGAAAACUACAAUGCCCAUGCUUUCGGCCAAAACAAUUUACCAUCAGGAAUGGGCGUAAACAUGAAUAUACCUGGUGUUUUCAAAACCGAUACAGAUACAAGGAUUGCUGUGUACAGCAGAGAGAAGUAUGGACCCAGGAAUGUGGCCCAACCUUAUUACAGGCUACAUGAUAGAAGCAAUCAGAAAAACAAAUUUGUUCCCAAGUUCAUCAGUGAAAGAUUGGAUGUGGACGAGAAAAGUAGCAGCACGGCCGAGAAUACAAACUCUGAUUUCAAAGAUACAUUGUAUGAGCAGCUGUUUGACUGCAAGCCCCAUUCCUCUCAAGAAGUGCCAUAUUGCUUUACCAAACUGGACAUUCAUUACAGUAAGUUUGGGGUACAUGACUUUGAUUUUGAGUUUUUCAACAAAACCAACCUAUCCGGAUUGGAGUCUCAUGUUCAAAGUGCCUAUUGCAACAGUCUCUUACAACUUUACCGAUUUGCACCACUUAUGUUCAACUACGCUGUAGGAUCUUUGGCGGAAGAGAGUGUUGAUAACAAUUCCCUCUUAACAGAACUAGGAUUUUUGUUUGACAUGAUGGUAAAAGCAAGCGGGCAACAUAUUGCCCCUUCUAACUUCCAAAAGAUGCUGAGCAAAAUACCAGAAGCUAGUCGGAUUCUUGACAUAUAUAACAACGGCUACAAUAGAGAUGAGCACAGCCAAAGAGUGCUAAUACAAUCUUUCAAUAAUUUUUUGUUGGAAAGGAUUUCUUUGGAUGAAAUGAACCAAGCAAAAAGCAAUGCUCCUCACAUAUUCAAUACCAUUAUGGGAAUACCAGUGGAGUGUGAGUUUAUUGGCGUUGGGUGUGGUUUGAGAAAGAUUGGAAAUACAACUCUCUAUUCUCUGGACGUUAGACAUCCAAAGACUAAUAAUGUUGUUCUCAAUAAGAAACUAAAUCACAGUAUUAUUCCCUAUAUUGAGUUGGCUCUCAGCAGAAACUUGUCUGUCAACAUGGCAUGUGAUAACUGUAAUGAGACCCAUGCUUUUGACACAUUGUACACAGUGAAAGAUUUGCCUCCAAUUUUAUCGUUGAACUUGGAACUCACUAACCAAGAACUUUCGGAAUUGAAGGCUUCUAAAACAAAUUGGCUUGCAUCAGAGUUCUAUGCCAGCAUGAAUAAGGGAAGGAUAUGCUUGAAAAGUAUAACAACUGGGUUCCGCCAUUUGAAAUAUGAAUUGUUGGGAUACGUUGCGCAAGUGACCGAUAAAGAAGGAAACUCUAACCUUGUAACAUUCGUGAAGGUAGGCAAAGACGAGUGGUUUUUGUUCAACGACUUUUUGGUGAUGCCAAUUUCUGAGCAUGAAGUGUUGAAUUUAAAUUAUUGGUGGAAGAAGCCUGUCAUUGUUAUUUACAAGAACUCUGAAAGCACCAACAUGUUUGACUAUGAGGGCUGGAGGCAGAAUUUGAAUCAGGAUAUUCUGUACAGAGAUCAUUUCAGCCGUGGAACUAGAGAAGGAAAAAUUAUUGAGUACGAACUAUUGACCAAAGAAGAGGCCCCACAACCAGGAACACUUGUUGCUAUAGAUGCAGAGUUUGUCGUGAUAGAGCCAGAACUGGUUGAGUUUAAUAGUGAUGGUACCAAGAAAGUGAUUCGACCACUGAAGAAUUCUCUUGCAAGAGUUUCUGUAUUGAGGGGGGAUACUGGACCCAAAGAGGGAAUCCCAUUUAUUGACGAUUAUGUCAUUAUCGAAGAGCCUAUAAACGAUUACCUGACAUCAUGGUCGGGCAUUGAACCCGAUGAUUUGAACCUUGAAAAAUCGAAGAGAAGUUUAACGACGUUGCAAGCAGUCUAUAGAAAAUUGUGGUUGUUAUUGAACUUGGGGUGCAUCUUUGUCGGACAUGGUCUGAUCAAUGAUUUUAGAACCAUUAAUUUGAGUGUCCCCAAACAACAAGUAAGAGACACUGCCGAGUUGUACUUUUUGAAGAAGGAAAAAAGGAAAUUAUCGUUGAAAUUUUUAACAUAUGCCGUCCUGAGACGGGAAGUUCAAAAAGGAAACCAUGAUUCAAUUGAAGAUGCCAAGGCAGCAUUGAUGCUUUACAGAAAGUAUAUACAGUUGAAUAAUACUGGAGAGCUCCAACACACUCUCGAGGAAGUGUACAUGGAGGGACAGAUGUUGAGUUUCAAAGUUCCGACAUGA